UUUGGACCAGGACCGCAUCCUCCACAUUCACUCAUCUGACGCACCGUGGCCGCCAGUGGACCGUCUCUCUCUCUCUCUCUCUCUCUCUCUCUCUCUCUCUCUCUCUCUCUCUCUCUCUCUCUCUGUCUCUCUCUCUCUUUUUCUCUCUCUCUCUUUCUCUCUCUCUCUCUCUGUCUCUCUCUCUCGCCUCUUCCUGCUCCGUGAACAGAGCUGCGUGAAGGAAAUCCACCCUUCAACGGAGCGAACGGCCGGGACGCGGCGGAUCCGCGUCAACUGGCUCCAGGACGCGGCCGAUGCCUCACCCCCCUCUCCCUCCUCCUGCCCCCCUCCAGUCACGACCCUCCCUCUGCAUGCGGCUGUGGACGGCGGCAGAUAAACACUGACUCUGAGUGACGCCCGGUCAUGACAGCCCUGCGGUCGACUUGGAUCCUGAAGGUGCAGUGUCUGGAAGGUGAACAUUUUGUUCCAGAUGAGGAGAGGAGGAAGCACUGGGAAGAGCUGUUCGAACAGCUGGACCUCAACAAAGAUGGACGCAUUGACAUGCUGGAGCUGCAGGCGGGGCUUGCUCACAGAGGGCUCUCCGACGGCUGCCUGCAGAAGAUUGUAGAGACUGGGGACACCAACGAAGACGGAGUCCUGGACUUCGAGGAAUUCGUCGAGUAUCUUCACAACCACGAGAAGCAACUUAAAGUCAUGUUUCACCAUAUGGACAGAAACAAAGACGGUCACAUUGAUGUGGAAGACAUCCAGGACUGUCUGCACACCAUCGGUGUGAAUGUUAGCCCUGAAGAUGCCACCAGGAUUCUGCUAAGUAUGGACAAGGACGGCACCAUGACGAUUAACUGGAGUGAGUGGCGCGACUACUUCCUGUUCAAACACCUGAACGACGUGCAGGACGUGGCUCGGUUCUGGAAGCGUUCAAUGAUAUUGGACACAGGCGAGCAGCUGACAGUCCCAGAGGAGUUUUCAGAAGAGCAGAAGAAGUCGGGCUAUAUGUGGCGGCAGCUAAUGGCGGGAGUCAUAGCUGGAUCUGUGUCCCGAACCGGAACCGCUCCACUGGACCGCCUCAAAGUCUUCAGACAAGUACACGGCUCCACUGAUUUUAGAGGCAGUGCUCUGAGCGGGUUUAAGUACAUGCUGAACGAGGGAGGACCAUGGUCUCUGUGGAGAGGCAACGGAGUCAAUGUCCUGAAAAUCGCUCCUGAGACUGCCAUCAAAUUCUCCGCUUAUGAACAGAUCAAGAGUGUGAUGCGCGGCCAUGAUGAAACAAGAACACUGAGGCUUCAUGAGAGGUUUGUCGCCGGCGCUUUGGCUGGAGCAACAGCUCAGACAGUCAUUUACCCGAUGGAGGUGCUGAAGACGCGGCUCAAUCUCAGAAAAACAGGUCAGUUCAGAGGAAUAGCAGACUGCGCCAACCAGAUCCUGCAGCGGGAAGGCGCCGCGGCCUUCUACAAGGGCUACGUCCCCAACAUGCUGAGUAUCAUCCCUUAUGCUGGCAUUGACCUGGCCGUGUAUGAGACGCUCAAACUUGCUUGGCUGAACCGGAACACGGGCCUGCCUGACCCGGGGGUGAUGGUGUUGUUGGGAUGCGGCGCAGUCUCCAGUACAUGCGGGAUGCUUGCGAGUUACCCGCUGGCGCUGGUCCGCACACGCAUGCAAGCACAAGCUUCAGUGAAAGGAUCCCCUAAACUUUCAAUGCUGUCCUUGCUCCGCAACAUUGUUACGCAAGAGGGCAUCGCCGGACUUUACCGAGGAAUCUCCCCCAACCUGCUAAAGAUCGUCCCGGCCGUGAGCGUGUCCUACGUCGUCUAUGAGUACAUGAGAAUAAUGCUAGGAAUGGACUUCGAGGGUAGGAGGGACGGGAAGGGGCAUGGGUAGAUAAAAGAGACCUGGUUUGUUGUGAGUUUUUAUCUGCAAGCAUGUGCAGAAACGUUGUCAGUGCAUGGAAAAAGGGCUUCACUCGUGAAUAACUUUGAGACAACUCGACUUGCUUUUGUAACGCCUUGAAGAAAAAAAAGACUACUGCAAUUCCGGACGAAGAAGUUACCAGGCCCAAGCAUGAUGUCUUGCAAAGAUAUUCAGACCUCUUUCAUGUUUUCACAUUUUGUCAGCUAAAACUAUUGCUAACAGAUUCAGAUGUUCUUGUCUUUCAGCGUAACAUGCACUGCUGGACAAAAUUAUGACACAUGCUCGGUCACCAGCACAAACCAGCUGGACAAACUAUAAAAGAAUAUAAAAAGAAGAAUAAAAUAGAACGGGAACAAGAAUAUUUUAUUGGGAGUCAACGUAACAGAUCAAAACAAAAAUCAUUGAGAAGUGGAAGUGAAACGAUGGGGGAGAUGAGAGCACGUUUGCAUUCAACCUUCUUUUCCUCUGAUGCUCCUAAAUAAAAUUCAGUGCAACUCCAUGCCUAUAGGAGGAACUUAGUUCACAAUUCUGCACUAUUUUGUGUUGCUCUAUGCCAUAAGUCCAAAUACAAUACAACGAGGUAUGUAGUUGUGACAUGAUGAAAAUGUGAAAAGGUUUAACGGGUAAAAAUGGACUUGGAAGAAAGAGCUGACUGGCAUAAUAUGGCCUGUGCAGAAUUGUGGCUUUGCUGUGGUCAAAUAACCAAAAGGCCUGAAACUCACUGCUGGUCUUCUAGACCACUGGUGGAUCCUGAUAGAAAUGAACCCUUGAUGACAUUAACCAAACCCCAUUAGUAAGGGAAACGCAAGCAGUUUGUUUUCAAAAUCAGGGUGAAAAGAUGGGGAAACAUCUAAAUGCUGCUAAAUGUAAUGAAUGAUCAGCCUCCAUCUGCACAGGCUGCUGUUAAUUUCUGGAGUGAUGUGUUGCUUUUGAAAGCUAACAGCCGUGUGGGGAGUUGAACCGACAAGCAUCUCGCUCCUUCUGCUGCUGCUGCUGCAGGAAUCUGCAUGGAUGUGUGGAUCUUGCAUGAACUUGCCAGACACAAAGUAACCUCUGGAAGGCAGCUCACCGUACAUUCCUUCAGCAUUGUUUUCUCUACCAGGUGGGGAAUAGCGAAGAUUGGCUGUGGGAGGAACCUGCACAGACUCAGGACAGUUACUGAUGAGUCUUAAACUAAUGUUACCAAAACCAAAGCACAAUGACAGCCUGACGGAAAGCAGGCGGUCGGUAUCAUUGCCACAUCUUUGAGUGAAAGGACGGUGGUGAGAAGAAAAGACGCACACCGAACUGCCUUUAUGGACUGGAACCUGACAAAGACAAAGACACGCAAAGGGUUAAGGUGACUUCACCUGACAUAACAUUACAACGGUCUACGCAGAAAAGUGUGGAUUGGGUGAUACCUUUCAAAAGACUUGACAUGGUGCACUGGCAUGGCGUGUUUUCUAAAAGGUUCACUGUAUCUGUUUGUACAACAAGAACUUACAUUCACUGUAACUUCAGACAAACUGCAUGCACUGUGCUGCUUUUGUGGACAAUUUGCACAGGUUGUUUUAAUGUUAAAUUAAAAGAAUUUUAUUAAACCUUUGUACAUUUUUGUCAACUGAAUAAAAAGACAGAAUUGACAUUGGAUCUGUUCCUCUACAGGUCUUUUGUAUUAUUGUGUGUGGAAAUCUGGGUUAUUUAUAUUUGUUUAAUAAAGAGACAUUAAAUAUUAA